GUUCUGAUGUGAUAUUUGACUACUAGUAUUUCCAGCGUGCUUUAUUAAAACAUUAUGAUUUUCUAGAUAGAUUUAUAUUAUUUCUUCGUUAACAUGAGAUUUAAUGAUAAAGAACUCCGCUCUGUUGCUCUUGGAAAAACGGAUAAAGAAGGAAGACUUAAUCACAAAAUUCCCGGAUUUAUAGAAGGUUACAAAGAAAGAUGGUUCAGACUUAAAGGAAACCUGCUGUUUUACUUCAGAGUGAAUGAGUUUGGUGCUAUGAUUGAAAAGGAGCCUGUUGGACUGCUUGUUAUAGAGCAGUGCAAAAUUCAGCAUGAGACAUAUAGUGAUUUACCCUUCAGUUUCUCUAUAACCUUUUGUGAAGAUCAAGAGAAAAAACAUAUCUUCUUGUGUUCAACAGAGAAACAGUGUGAAGACUGGGUUAAAAUUCUUCAAGAGGCAAGUUAUGAGCAUCAAAGAGCAAAGCUUCUUCUCAUACAAGCUAAACUACUAAGGAAAACAGGAAAGGAUCCUCUUGAGGCUUUCCCUAAUCAUCGUCAUCACAGGUUCUCAGCUUCUCCCUUUUUCCGUCAGAAGUCAUUGUCCAAAACCAGUUCAAGUGCAGUGUUUUUUCAGUGAUAGGAAACAAUGUUAAUUGUCAGUAAAUAGAAGAUUUGUUUGACUAAGUCAUACUGGAAGAAUCAUCUUUGUGGAUCCACAAGUUUUAUUAAUUUGUUAAUAUAAAUCACUGUUUCAUUGAAGAUUUUAUUGCAAAUAUUUUUUUUAUCAAAACAUUAUUAUUUUUACAUAAGUAUUGCACUUGUUAAUUCAGCUAAAACACUUGUGUACUGUGUAAAUUUCUAUCUUGUGCUGUUUGUAAGAUGCUUGUAUUAGAUACACUGAUUAUAUCUGUGAAUAGUAAAUGUUCAGAACAUAUGGAAUUUCACAGCUUUCUAAAGACACUUUUUAAAGAAAGGUAUGUAGUGAAAUAUCUUAAAACUUACCUGUUUAUUGUGUUACCUAUCUAUAAGAGUUUAUUAUAUUAUGCAUUCAGAAGCUCAUGAAAUAUCUUCAGUAAAUCUAAUGAAUGUUGUCUUAUCAUCAAUAAGUGUAUUGUUAAAUAUACCAUAGCUUUAACUGUUCAUUGAGGUGGAGGGCUUCUGCUUCUAAGAGAAGUUUUUAUUGUGAUGUUGAUAUUAAAUUCCAAAGAGAACAAGCUACCUAAAAAUCAACCUAGUAUUGAGCAUAGCUUAUUAGAUAUACUGUUAUUAAGUUCUUACCUGUAAGGAUUAGAAAGCAUUGUUGUGUCAGUUGAGGUUUCACCAGCUUAGGAAGCUUAAGUUAGUCCCUAAUCCACAUACCAAGCUAACAGUGCAAAAUAUACUAUAAUAAAAGAAUAUUAAUUAAAAAAUAAAUAAUAAAACUAGUUAUAUUAAACAAUCUAAGCAAUACUGUUAAUGAAAUUAACAUUAAAGAAAGAACAGAAUUUAAUUAGGCCAAAAAUCUAGCUUGUUUGACAGAAACUUUGUAUUUGCGGUAUGUAGGUAUGGAAACAACUUUUGAAUAGCUUUAGUUUGUACAGUUGGUUUAUGGCCUGUUCUCGUUGAUUAGUGAGAUAUUGAACAUUCUACUACCUUCUCUGUGACAUUAUUAGAACAAAUAGGUUGAUUGACUUUCAGUUGCUGCACAAGCAUAAGUAUGUGAUUAUAGAAAGAAAUGUUUUACUACUGUAGUGGUACAGAUUUGAUGUCUUAAUACGUAGUAAUGAACUUCAAGAAUCUAGCUGCACUGGACUUGUAAUUUCCAGACUGUACUUUCACCAUGUAUAAGCACAAUUCAAGAAAUUUUGGUCAUAUGAAUCUUGUCAUAUUCAGGUUUGAUAGGGAAAAAAAAUGAAGAAAUGAAUAGGUUUCAGAUACUCUUUUUUUAUAUAUAUACUAGAUAUAUGUACUUACAUGGCCCAGAAAAUCACUGAGAAUCAAUGCUUGUUAAGAAUCUCAGUUAUUAAUAAGAAGGUAACUGUUAUCCAGGGGUGGCUGUGGGCUUUGUCAAAAUGGCAUUUAGAGGUUUUUGUUUGUUUUUUUAAUUUUGUUGGCAACAACAUCUAUCAUUUGGCAAUUUUUCACCAAAUUUCAUGCCAGUAAAAGUUGAACAUCAAAUAUAGAGGGUUGCCAACUUCUAUGAAUCUGUUCAAGUAAGAUUUUAGUAAUGAAGCAAAAUGAUGUAAUCUUGUGCAUUUCCUGGAUCAAUGUGAUGCUGAAGUUGACUUGGAUUCAGCCUGUCAACAAACCACAAUCUAUUAUAGAAAGCUGCUAAUUGAACCAAAACAUGAGAUUUUUUUUCACUAAUGUGUGUGAGAGUGAAAAUAGGACCAGAUGUAUGAGUCUCAUGCUCAGUGCGGGAGAGUGUUGGUAGCUCUGAUUAUAUUUAUUAAAUAGCUCAAUGUUAAAUUAAUAUUUUUAUUGAAAUAAAUAUAAAUAAAACUGAUUGCUUUUUAUUUUAUUUACACAGUUUAUAAAUUUCUUGAUCUUUGUCGUAUGGGUACAUAUACAUCAAAAAUUAAUUGUUCAAAAGUCAUCUCCUGGUUUUGAAAAUUGGUGACAGAAUUCUUAGGUUGUCAAUUUGUUUGACUCCAGCUUUUAUAUAUGAGCUAGAGCAUCCCCUGGUAACAUUGAAAUUUUUUAUUGGAUGUGUGAUAUAUGUAGAUGAAAUAACAUUGAAAUUAACAUUAUUUUAUAUAUAUAUAGUGAAUUUAAUUACAUUAGCCACACGUUUACUGGAUUAUAAGUUCUUAUUGUUUAAUAAUAGUACUUAUUGUAUGUUUACUUCACAUUAAUCGUAUGUUAUGGUAGUUUUCUUUAUUUGUAAUUUCAUAGACUAAAUAUAGAAAUGUAAAUUUUGUGAUAAAGUUUUAACCAGACAAAUGUUUUGAACAGAACUGGUAAUACCAAACAGGUGGUAUUUUCUACCAAGCACUAUUCUAAUACCUUUAAACUAUUAGUAAAGUGUACCAAGUAUUUUGAAAUAAUAAGAAAUAACAUUUUAAAAAUAAUCAGUCCAAGUGAUAUUUUUCGUUUUAUAUUAACAUUAUGUACCAUUCAUGAUUAGUGCUAUGUUCUUCUUCUUUUGUCACUAUUUAUGGCUUUUAUCCUGUGUUUUAAUGCUAAUUUCUUCAACAUUUUAAGAAAUGAUAAAUUUCUUUUGUUUAUAUGUUGUGAAUGUGAGGUACAAUAACAUUAUACUCAACACCUCUCAAGUGCCUUUUUCACAAUAUACAACUUUAGAACUGUAUUUUAAUAAAUUCAAAAUGAUUCUGUUUAUUAUUGAAAAGAUUUAAUGAUUAUAUGUUUAAGAGAAAAAUAGUUAUUAAUUGUUAAUAAAAAAAUUGAUGUUACUUGUUGCAGUUUUGGUAGCAUCAUUUGUCAAUAACUUGAAAAGUAUUUUUAGUAACUGUUUAUAUAAUUACAAAUUAAGAGUAAUAUUAAGAUAAUUUACAGAAUCAAAUGUUGGCCAAACAAAAAUUCCUUUUUAUAUUUUUUAUAAUAAUUAUAUAGCAAAAUUUUUAAAAACCAGUUUAGUUUUUAAAAAUGUAUUUGGUGUCAUUAGCUUCAUCUAAGUAUUAAAUAGCUUCUAGUUUUAUGCGAGUAAAGUGCAGAUAAAGAUUUUCAAGUUCUAAGUAUAUUCAAACUAAUAAGGCUGAACACCCAGUACAGAUAUUGAUUUUUUGUAAGAACAUAUGUUGAUCUGGAAGGUUUUAGAGUAAUAGGUUUAACAUCCAGUGAUGCAUUGUUUAUUUUGUUAUUUUUUAAUCAACUUGAUAGAUAAUGCUCAAAUUUACAAGGAAAAGUCCUGUAUUUACCAUGAUGGUUGUAGUUUUAAAAAUACUUUAAAUAUUUAAAGCAUUCAUGUGUGUAUUGUUCUUUUAUAUAUCCAGUUUUUAUUUUGUCAUAUUUGUCAAUGAAUUGUGACAGUGUAAAAUGUAGUUUUUGAAAAUUUAUUUUUAGGCUUUGAAAAUGAGAGUAUAAGUAUUUUACAUUUAUUUAACAUGUAGUUUUUAGGAGUUGCUAAUUUUUUUUAUGUAUGGCGUAUAUUUAAAAUUUAGUCUAGUGAAACUGAUUCAGUUGGUUACAUCAUGGUAGGACAUUAUUUUUGAAAAGUGUUGGUACUGUUGUAUGUUAGAGUAAACAACUUAAUGUGUUGUUAAACUAAUAUAGCUUAUAAGAUAAGAGUACAAAACCAACCAAAUUUUUAUAUUGAAUUCAUGCAAAAUACUGAAUAAAAAAGUAAAUUAUUUAAUGGUGGAAUCAUAUUUUUUUUUACACUCGGUACAUCCUUAUCUAACAAAAAUAAGUUAUAUUCUUCUUGUUAGUUUCAUACAACUCUUAAUAAAUAUUCAAAAUUGUCACUCAGAAAUGUAAGAAAGCUUUUGUGUAUUUUGAUAAUAGUUAAAGGCAUCAUAUUUUUCUUAAGUAUUAUAGUAUGACUAUUUGAGUGAUCUCUUAUAUGUUAUAACCAUUAGUUUGUUCAGAUAUUGAUUGCUACACAGAUGUGGUGGUGAAAAAGCUGUAUGUUGUGUACAUGACUGUUGUAUCCCAAGUAGAGGGUGGCAACUUGUAGCUGUGGGCAAUCAGAAGUUGCAGUAGUGUUUGCUGACCAUAAUUUGUUGUGAGUAGUCAGAAGUAACUAGCGAGUCAUGGUAUUUGAAAAAAAUUCACUUUGGUUUUGUCAGUACAUAAGGGGUAAUUUUGAAAAUACUGCAAUUGUCUAUAUAUUUUAUUCAAUACUGAGCGAUUUUAAAAUCUAAGUAAAAUUUUCUGAACUCUAACCUCAUGUUAGUGAAGAGUGAUUUGUGUCUUUUCUAAGUGUUUCUUUGUUGUAAACUUUCUGGAUUUUAUUAUGCCAUCCAUCUACUUGUACUUUCUCUUGCCAAGCAACGUUUUUCUUCUUGCACUGUUUCUGAACUGCUUUUAGUUUUAUUUGGAAUUUUAGUUUAGAAUUUAUUUCAUCGGUGUUGUUAGAAGUGUUCAGUUGAAAUGAACAAUUGAGGUGGCUUAAUGCUGUAAACAUGCCAUUCUUUAAUUCGGUUGUCAACCAAAAUCUCAAAUUCCUGAUUUAAUGUAUAAUGGUAUUGAAAGAGCUUGCUGUAAAUAUGAUCAUUUAUAUAUAUAGAUCCUGACUGAAUGUAUUUAGUGUGGCAGAGAAGAGUAAUACUAUAUACAUGGAUACUGGAAAAUACUGUAGAUAACAAUUUUAAAGGUUUUAG